UUCCGGCGCCUUCCCGGGGCGCGGACACGCACGCCUCCCCUGCUCCUGUCCGCGUCGCUUCCUGUUCCCUUCUGCCUCGCCGGCCGGCCAGCCGGAGCACGAGGAGGUGGCAAACCACCCUAGCUAAGCAAAAUCAUCCAGCGCCCGACCAAACCAAUGGCGCCGUCCAGCUUCUCCCGCGCGCUCCUCCUCGUGCUCGCGCUGUCGUCGGCGGCGCUCGCGCCGGGCCCCGCGGGCGCCACCGGCGUGUUCCGGGUGCGCCGCAAGUUCCCGGGCCACGGCGGCGCCGGGGAGGCGGAGGAGCGCCUCGCGGCGCUGCGGCGGCACGACGGCCGCCGCCACGGCCGGCUCCUCGGCGCCGCCGACCUGCCCCUCGGCGGCGUCGGGCUCCCCACCGAGACCGGCCUGUACUUCACGCGGAUUGAGAUCGGGGCGCCGCCCAGGGGCUACUACGUGCAGGUGGACACCGGCAGCGACAUCCUCUGGAUCAACUGCGUCCGCUGCGACGGCUGCCCCACCCGGAGCGGCCUCGGGAUAGAGCUGACGCAGUACGACCCGGCGGGGAGCGGGAGCACGGUGGGGUGCGGCCAGGAGUUCUGCGCCGCCGCCAACGCCGGCGUGCCGCAGCCGUGCUCGUCGGAGUCGUCGCCGUGCCAGUUCAGGAUCACCUACGGCGACGGGAGCUCCACCACGGGCUUCUACGUCACCGACCUCCUGCAGUACGACCGGGUGUCCGGCGACGGCCAGACCACCCCGUCCAACGCCACCAUCACGUUCGGGUGCGGCGCCCAGCUCGGUGGGGAUUUGGGGUCCGACAGCCAGGCCCUCGACGGGAUUCUGGGGUUCGGCCAGUCCAAUUCGUCGGUGCUGUCGCAGCUGGCUGCUGCUAGCAAAGUCCCAAAGAUUUUUGCUCACUGCUUGGACACCGUGCGUGGUGGUGGGAUCUUCGCGAUCGGGGAUGUGGUGCAGCCCAUUGUGAAGACCACGCCGUUGGUGCCAAACAUGCCACACUACAACGUCAACCUGGAAGGAAUUUCUGUUGGUGAUGCUAUACUUCAGCUUCCAACAAAUAUUUUUGAUUCAGGUGAAAAUAAAGGCACUAUCAUUGACAGCGGGACAACAUUGGCAUACCUCCCAGAGGAAGUUCAUAAGACUUUGAUGGCUGCGGUAUUCAACAAGUACCAAGAUAUGACCUUCCAUAAUUAUCAAGACUUCAUCUGUUUCCAGUUCUCUGGAAGUGUAGAUGAUGGAUUUCCUAUAAUCACCUUUAGUUUUGAGGGAGACCUUACACUGAAUGUUUACCCACAUGAUUACCUUUUCCAAAAUGGGGUUUGAUAUGGGCAGCUUAUAAGCCUCUUUUGUAUUUUAAACCCCACCCCUUUCAAAAUUAUUAUGGCAAGCACAGCAACAAAAGUUCUCAUCUUUUGUUCUUUACUGACUAAACAGCGAACGUGUGCCUAACCGGACUGGUUAGGUGGCCUCAAACUCUUCAGGUCCUGGGUUCGACUCCCAGUGGGAGCGAAUUUCAGGCCGAGGUUAAAAAAAAUUCCCUUGCUUGCCUAUGCGCCAAAGCAUAUGAAAAGUGGUCCCGGCCAGCCAGCCCGCUCUCACAUGGGCAACAGUACGAUUACAACACGCCUAUGUAAGGGUGGGGCAAGAGUUCGGGGGGUUUUCGACCUACGUGAGAGGUCUUCUCUUAGCAAAUACCCGGGGGGCGUCAUACCUCCCGCAAGUCGAGUUUUAUUUUACUGACUAAACAAACUAUGAUAAUGUUAUCGAUAUAUAUGUGCAUUAUGAUUACUUGAUCCAUAUGCCAUACAAUAAAUUAUAAAGUAAGAAAAUUGAUGCUUUCUUGAGCAUUUGAAUAGUUAAUGCUUCUAUUACACAAAUGGCAAUAGUACCUUCCUUCAGAACUCUCAUACUACUACCUCUUAAUUUUGACAUGACACAUAUUUUAGGCAUGAUUAGUUGCACACCCACAAACGAGAGGCUUGCCUCCAGCUAACUCUCACAAGACAUGCUAGUAAAACAUAAAUACUAGAAAUUCUCACAAAAAUUUAAAAACAUCUCUUCAUCAAUUUGGUCGACCUAACUACCAUUGGCAAUAAUAGUCAUAAAGUCCACCCUGUUCUCUAAAAAAUGACACCUCUACCAUUAUGUAAAUAGUCUAAUAUACAUAUCUAAACUGCCCACUUCUGGCAACUAGGGAAAUAAUCUAAAGUAACCUCCAUUCAUUCUAAAUUACCCUACAUAAGAUAGCUACCGUUUAUAGUUGAAAUUUGUGGUGAUCUAAAGCUUAAUGAAAUUUGUCCUAUUAAGACCCUACAUGAAGAAAUGUUGUUAUUUAAUAAUUUUCCUUGUAUAUUCAAAAAAGGAGUUCAUUCAAAACAUCGUGUUGCUACUCAUAUACAGGUCUGUGUUUCAGCAUACUGUGGGAUGACUUGAAAUACUAGUUAUUAAGAAGGGUAUUGCACCUAGGUUUUGUACCUCAAAAGCCUACUUAUGUAUUUCUAUUUAUAUAUGAUCUUAUCUGCAUCUACUCUAUAGUAGGUGCGACUAUUUGUUUUUUAUAUUAUAUGCAGUGUGGACAAGCAUUUGUUCUCUAUGAUGUAAGAUGACUUAUCUUAUUACAGAAGUUCAUGGUUCAACUUAUUAUUUCAUUUUUCUUUUGUU